UCAUGGUUACUGUUUCAUAUACUCUGCUUUGACUAUACUUAUAACAUCACUAUAAAUUAUAACGUCUGCUCUCCUCUCCUUUCCUUAAUUCUUCUCUAUCUCUCUUUUAAACUCUCUCUUCCACUCCUCUCUCUGUAUCUCUCAAAGAGUGUGGGUGAGAAUUCAUCAUCAUCAUGGAGGUUGUUAAUAAUAAUCAAGAAGAUCAAACACUCAUGGGGUCUAAUGAAUAUCUUCAUGUGGUCAAGGGGAAGCGAACGAAACGCCAACGCCCGCUUUCGCCUCUUACUCUUCCGGCCAUGACUACUAGUACUUCAUCUAGCGGCGGCGGUGGUGAUGAGAAGGGUGAUAAUAAUAACUUUCCGUCGCCGACCACAUCAGUUGAAUUUUCGGUUAUUUCGUCAGAAGAAGAAGAAGACAUGGCUAAUUGUUUGAUUCUUCUCGCACAAGGAGGCCAUAAGAGGUCAAAGCAAAUUGAUGAUGAUUAUGUUGACGAUGAGAAUAGUAAAAUGGCAAGAAUUAACAGUCGGAGGUUCUACAAUGAUGCGGCAGCAGCAACAACUAGUAAAGCGGCCGGUGUUGGUGCUGGUGCUGAAUUAUAUUUGUAUGAAUGUAAAACUUGCAACAAAUGUUUUUCUUCGUUUCAAGCUCUUGGAGGACACAGGGCUAGUCAUAAAAGACCUAAUAACAAAGGUAUGUGCAACGAAGAGACAACGAAGACGGCGAUCACAAAAACAUCGUCUCUUUUGAUGUUAACGGAACAAGAAAGUCCUCAGCACCAUCAAUUCAAUGACAACACCAACAACAACAAUAAUAUUGCUAAUAGUACUACAUGUGCACGCCCAUCACUUGUGCUCCAAAUGGGAAAUUCAUCAUCACUAUCAGCUUUCAACAAUAACAAAUCCAGAGUUCAUGAGUGUUCUAUAUGUGGCUCUGAAUUUUCAUCCGGGCAAGCUCUAGGAGGUCACAUGAGAAGGCAUAGAACAACCAACGCCACCACGGCAACCACAAGCACAAAUAUCGAUUUCUCGCACCACCAAGAUGAUCAGUUGAAUUUUAGUAAUAAGAAAGCAGCUGCUAGAAAUGUUCUGUCAUUAGAUCUAAACCUACCAGCACCAGAAGAAGAUUAUUCAUCCAAAUUUGGUCUGUUUAGUUCAUCAAAACAACAGCCGCAACAACAACCGUUGGUUUUCUCAGCUUCUGCUCUAGUAGAUUGUCAUUACUAGCUAAGAGACUAGACUGAAAGAGAAAGAGAGAAAAAAAUAAUGAAGAAUUAAGGAUGAAAUUAAUGAAGAGUCAAAAUUAAGCAAUGACUUUUCCUUAAUCUCUAAUUUUUCAUUAUUCAUUUUCAUACAUUAAAUCACCCAUUUAUUCAAACACCAUAAAACUGUGUAUUA